ACAAUGGCCGUUUCAACCACUUUCUCCGCUGCCAAAUUGGAGUCUAUUUUCCUCAAAUCUUCCUCUUCAAGGGCAUUAUCGUCCACUAACAACCAUGUAUCACUUCUCCCAAAACCCAGAACCACCUUCAUUCAAAAAGGGAUUAUUCGAUGUGAUGCUCAAAAUUCUGAUGCUCAAAGUAAUGCUACCACCCUCUCUGCUCUUGAACAGCUCAAAACUUCUGCAGCUGAUAGGUAUACAAAGGAAAGGAGCAGCAUUGUCGUCAUUGGGCUCAGUGUGCACACGGCUCCAGUGGAAAUGCGUGAAAAACUUGCCAUUCCAGAAGCUGAGUGGCCUAGAGCUAUUGCAGAGCUGUGCAGUCUCAAUCAUAUUGAAGAAGCAGCUGUUCUGAGUACCUGCAACCGAAUGGAGAUAUAUGUCGUCGCCCUAUCCCAACACCGUGGUGUGAAAGAGGUCAUGGAAUGGAUGUCAAAAACAAGUUCCAUUCCUGUUUCAGAGCUUUGUGAGCAUCGGUUCUUACUUUACAACAAAGAUGCCACACAGCAUCUUUUUCAAGUAUCAGCAGGUCUUGAGUCUCUAGUAUUGGGGGAGGGUCAAAUCCUUGCUCAGGUUAAGCAAGUUGUCAAAGUUGGACAAGGAGUUAAUGGCUUUGGAAGAAACAUUAGUGGACUAUUCAAGCAUGCAAUAACUGUCGGAAAAAGGGUUAGAGCGGAGACUAAUAUUGCUGCUGGGGCAGUUUCUGUGAGUUCAGCCGCUGUUGAAUUGGCCUAUAUGAAACUACCUCGUGCCUCACACGAUAAUGCCAGGAUGCUGGUUAUCGGUGCUGGGAAGAUGGGAAAGCUAGUAAUCAAACAUUUGGUUGCGAAAGGUUGCACAAGGAUGGUUGUUGUCAAUAGAACUGAGGAGAGAGUUGCUGCAAUACGCGAUGAACUGAGGGAUAUUGAAAUAAUUUACAAACCUCUUUCAGAAAUGCACUCCUGUGCCAGUGAAGCAGAUGUAGUUUUCACCAGUACAGCAUCAGAAACCCCAUUAUUCAUGAAAGAGAAUGUCAAAGACCUUCCUCCUGCAAGUCAAGAUGUCGGAGGCCGUCGUCUUUUCAUUGACAUUUCUGUUCCUCGAAACGUUGGUUCAUGUGUCUCAGAUAUUGAAUCUGCACGAGUUUACAAUGUUGAUGAUCUUAAAGAGGUUGUGGCUGCCAACAAAGAGGAUCGGCUAAGAAAAGCAAUGGAAGCGCAAGCAAUCAUUGGUGAAGAGUUAAAACAAUUUGAAGCUUGGAGGGACUCGCUGGAAACUGUUCCUACCAUUAAAAAAUUGAGAGCCUAUGCUGAAAGGAUCAGGGCUGCUGAGCUUGAGAAAUGCUUAGGUAAGAUGGGCGAUGGUAUCCCAAAGAAGACACGGAAAGCUGUGGAUGAUCUUAGUCGGGGUAUUGUGAAUAGGUUACUUCACGGUCCAAUGCAACAUUUAAGGUGUGACGGGAGUGACAGCCGAACUCUAACCGAGACCCUUGAGAACAUGCAUGCUUUGAAUAGAAUGUUCAGCCUUGAGACCGAAAUAGCUGUCUUGGAGCAAAAGAUUCGAGCGAAGGUCGAACAAAACCAGAAGUGAGAUGGAUCCAACACCAAUUUUCAUUGAGAAUACACAUUUAUUUACUUCAUUAGAAUAAGAGAAAACACUCUCACCAUUUUAUGAUUUAAAAUCGUGUAUAUUUAGUUGCAUAGUUGAAACAGUAGAAGUCUCGGUUGAACCUCAAUUGAUCGCUGUGUUUAUGCGUCUGCUAGACCAAACUUGGUUGGGUUUUGGCUUAUGUGUUUGCACAUCCAUCUGGUUUUGUAUUUAUACCAAAUUGAAGAUGUUUUUAUGAGCUUUGUAUUUACCACGAAUAAUAUUCGCCUAAAAAUAUACCGGUUAUUAUAGACAGAUUACUUUUC